AUGUGUAUAAUCCGAUCGAGAUCCAUUCGGACAGAUAAAUAUUAUAAUUUUAUCACUACAUAUCACAGCCUAAAAAACUAAUUGUAAAAAAUGUCUGCCAUGAAAAAAUACUUCUGGGACUCGGAGGAGACUGAAUAUAUGUUAAAAGUUUUAAGGGAACUGGACAUAGCGAAGCACUUGGACGGUCGAAAGGUUUGAAACCUGAAGUUGUUCAAGGUAGCAGAGAAGAGAAUGAAACAGGCCGGGUAUCACAGAUCAAUUGACCAGAUAAGGCACCGAUGGAAAGUUAUCAAGACAUCGUAUUAUAGCUGGAAUAACAACCAUCAAACAGUGAAAUUUACUCGUUUCCCACAAUAUGUUUCCCACAAUAUGCAACAACUAUGCAAUCAAUCAUGGAUGAAUCUGAAACAUGGAGCCGCUCGCAUGGCACCAACAGCGGCCCUGUUCGUAUUCGGAAUAGGCCUAAGCCAACAGUGCAUGACGAAGAGACAGAAGAUUCCGAAGAAGAAGCAACUGCUGCUCAGUUGUUGCAUGAUCAUUCUACUGUGGAUGUCAUUAUCAAGUCAGACCCAGAGACACCUCCUGAGAUGGACUCUAACCUGAGAAUCGGCUUCAUCGGGGCAGGCAACAUGGCCUACGGGAUAGCCAAGGGAGUCCUGCAGUCUGGAUGUUUAAUUGCAGGAGAUGUCCCUCCCAGCAAUGUUAAAGUGAGCGCACCCUCCGCAAGGAACUUUGGUCGCUUUCAGGAGUUGGGUGUGGCUGUCACCCAUUCCAAUGCAGAGCUGGUCAGUAGCUGUGACUUGGUGUUCGUGGCGGUCAAACCACACCUCAUCACAACCAUUCUCAGUGAGAUCACAGACCACGUCACCCGGAAACACAUCAUCGUCUCCGUGGCAGCAGGUGUAACCUUGGCAACGCUUCAGGGGCUCCUGCCAUUUGACACAGUGGUUUUGAGACUGAUGCCCAACCUUCCCUGUCUGGUCCAGCAAGGGGCACUAUUGUUCUCGCGGGGGACAUGGGCGCGGCAAGAGGACGGGGAUCUGCUCCGCUCGCUGCUUCAACACUGUGGCCUGGUGGAGGAGGGGCCCGAGGCCUGGAUAGACAUCCACACUGGGCUCAGUGGCAGCGGGGUGGCCUUUGUGUAUCUGUUUGCAGAGGCGCUGGCUGAGGGAGCGGUGAAGAUGGGCAUGCCCAGUGCUCUGGCCCAUAGCAUUGCUGCUCAGACUGUAUUGGGGGCAGGCCAGUUGUUGAGGGACUCAGGGAAGCAUCCAGCCCAACUGCGUUCGGAGGUGUGUACACCAGGAGGCACCACUAUCUUCGGGCUUCAUGCCAUGGAGCAGGGGGGUGUGAGGGCCGCCACCAUGACCGCUGUGGAGACUGCAACUGAGAGGGCCAGGGAGCUGGGCAGGAAGUCAGUGCCUACGGCCACAGAAAAUAGGAAGUGAAGUCGUUUUGGCCCACAGUAACUGAUUCAGGAAAUGUAUAUAUUUUGGUUGCUCUCUGCCCAAUGCCCACAGAAACCACUUCAGUCUUUAACUUUGUUACUGUUGGAGCCUAAUCUAACUACAAAUCUGACUGGAGGAGUUGUUCAAGGACACAUAGUGAUUGUGAAGAAUACAGCAAGAUGCUUCAAAUCAGCGCUAAUCCAGUUAUCUUCAUAAUUUAUCAAUGUUCAUUUGAAUUAUUAAAGUGAAUUUAUUGGUAUUUUUUGUUAUUAAAAUAAUAUUGUACCUAUCUGGUCCAAACUGAUGGCUAUGAACAGGUGCUGUACAUUCACACUUUGUUAAUUCAGAUGGUCCUUAUAGAUCCUGCACAUAGUAUAAUAUUGUAAAUUACAAUGUAUUUGAGUGGUACUGUACAUUAAUGUACUAAAAGUACAUUUCCAUUCUUCUAAAGUGUGGCCUAUCAAGUUAGAUGUUACAUACAAUUCACCUUCCUUGGGUUUUCUGAUUUUUUAAAAAUUGAUUUACUUUGAAAACUAUCCCAACAUUUUUUUAUUCCAGACAAAGAUUAAACAAAUAAAUCAGUGUGACGUGA